AUGCCUGUACCUUGUAGUUUAAAUUGUGGAAAAAAUGCCGUUCUUAAGAGGCCAAAAACUGGACAUGCAUUAUGCAAAGAUUGCUUCUUUAAAGUUUUCGAAUCUGAAAUACAUGACACAAUUAUCAAUGCGAAAUUAUUUAAACCAGGGGAUUACGUAGCAAUUGCUGCUUCCGGUGCAACUGGACAUAAUGCAGAUGACAUUGCUGAAACUGUUUUAAUGAAUAUUUUGAGAGGGGAUUUAGCUCGUCUUCAAAGAUGUACUGCCAUUGUGACUGUAAGAUUUUAA